CUUUUUUCGCUCACUCCUCGUCGUUCACAUUAUCCACAAGACAAAAUGCGUGAAAUCGUUCAUCUUCAAGCCGGUCAGUGCGGAAACCAAAUUGGUGCUAAGUUCUGGGAAGUGAUUUCUGAUGAACAUGGCAUUGACCCAACAGGCACAUACCACGGAGACACUGAUCUGCAAUUAGAGAGGAUCAAUGUGUACUACAAUGAAGCCACAGGAGGCAAAUAUGUGCCUCGUGCAGUGCUUGUGGAUCUUGAGCCAGGGACCAUGGACAGUGUGCGUUCAGGACCAUUUGGACAAAUCUUUCGCCCAGACAACUUUGUGUUUGGUCAGUCAGGUGCAGGAAACAACUGGGCAAAGGGUCAUUACACAGAGGGAGCUGAACUCGUGGACUCCGUGAUGGAUGUCGUCAGGAAAGAGUCUGAAAAUUGUGAUUGUCUGCAGGGAUUCCAAUUGACACACUCCUUGGGUGGUGGUACCGGGUCAGGUAUGGGCACAUUGCUCAUCAGCAAAAUGAGGGAGGAGUACCCAGACAGAAUCAUGAACACCUUCUCCGUUGUCCCCUCUCCAAAAGUCUCCGACACAGUGGUAGAACCAUACAAUGCCACACUGUCCGUCCAUCAGCUUGUAGAAAACACAGACGAGACAUACUGUAUCGACAACGAAGCUUUGUACGACAUCUGCUUCCGCACCCUCAAACUGACCACCCCCACAUACGGUGACCUCAACCAUCUAGUCAGUGCCACCAUGUCCGGAGUGACCACCUGUCUCCGCUUCCCUGGCCAGCUCAAUGCAGACUUGAGAAAGCUGGCAGUGAACAUGGUGCCUUUCCCCCGUCUCCACUUCUUCAUGCCUGGCUUUGCCCCACUCACAUCCAGAGGCUCCCAACAGUACCGUGCCCUGACAGUGCCAGAGCUGACGCAACAGAUGUUCGAUGCCAAAAACAUGAUGGCCGCCUGCGACCCACGCCACGGCCGUUACCUCACAGUGGCUGCGAUUUUCCGUGGCCGCAUGUCCAUGAAGGAAGUGGAUGAGCAAAUGUUGAAUGUACAGAACAAGAACUCCUCAUACUUCGUGGAAUGGAUCCCUAACAACGUGAAGACAGCCGUCUGUGACAUCCCACCCAGAGGCCUGAAGAUGUCCGCCACUUUCAUUGGCAACAGCACCGCCAUUCAGGAACUCUUCAAGAGAAUCUCCGAGCAAUUCACAGCUAUGUUCCGGCGUAAGGCUUUCCUCCAUUGGUACACCGGAGAGGGCAUGGAUGAGAUGGAGUUCACAGAAGCUGAGUCCAACAUGAACGACUUGGUCUCUGAGUACCAGCAGUACCAGGAUGCCACUGCCGAGGAUGAGGGAGAGUUCGACGAGGAAGAAGGAGACGAAGGGGGAGAAGAGUACGCAUAAACUACCCACAAACUGCAUUUAAGCUGAGUCAAAAAGAGUUGAUCUCCUCAGCACAUGUUACCGUCAUCAGCAAGACUGCUAUAGCGUGUGGAUAGAACGAGGGUCUCCUCUUUACUCAGGUUCAUUGGGAGCAAAAUGUCUGUCAAUUUAGCUGAAAGGGUUAGAUGUCAAAGGAAUUUUCUCAUUUUUGUACGAAUCUUGAUUCAUCUCAUUUCUCGUUUUUGUGGGUUAAUGUCUUGAAGACAAAAAAGAACAAAUGUACACAAUAGGGUUGCGAAAUACUCCUGCAAUUUUUUAAACAAAUCUUUUGGUUGUCCUGUGCUGUGUCUUCAAGGCUUAACAGACAGCACUGAUAGAUGGUGCUCACAAUGUUUUUUGUUUGUUGUUUUUUUUUAUGUGGCAGUUGCUUUUUUUGUCUCUCUUCUUCCUUGACUAAUCUUGCUUUUAUCUUUUGUUACUUGUUGAUUGUAUUCGUCUAGUCGCAUUUAUUAAUUUUUUUUACCCGAAAGAAGUUGAUGCCUCGCGGGAAAGUGCAAAAAAAGCAGUGUUCAUUUUUUUUGUCAUGUACCAGACAUUCAUGCGAGAUAAUGCUCAUUCUAUUGUUUCAUUCAAAGAUGCUUUGUUGCCUUUCACUUAUCUUUCCCUGUUUUUGUGAACUACUGCCAAAUUUGUGUAAUAAAAUUUGUCUUGUGC